AUGGGCAGAUCCGCAGGGACGGCAAACUCGUCCGCGCACCGGCUGCCCGUCAACCACCGGCGACACAAGGUGCCUCCCGAGCAGCGGAAACGAGUCGCAACGGCCUGCAACAGCUGCAAUCUGCGCCGUAUCAAGUGCUCUGGCGAGAAGCCGUGUGCCCAGUGCAAGAAUGGCACAAGGGAGUGCGAGUACCCGGCACCCGUCGAGAAGGUGGCAGUCCCGCGAGCAGAGAUUGAUGCUCUCCGUGCCCGUUGUGACCAGCUCCUCUCAUGCCUCGAGCAGGUCGUGCCAGAUGCCAUCAGGAGGCAUGAGCUGCUUGCCAGGGCCGCUCAACAGUCUACCUACCACCCGAGCAGCAGUGAAGCAUCCACGCGAGCUACAGACUCGCAUGAGGAGGAACCGGGGCAAAACGACGGGCGGUGGCUCGCGGACCCUGAUGGCACUCAGCGCUACCUCGGCUCCACGUCGGGAGCCACGUUCCUAGAUCUCGUCAAGGAGUUCAUGAGAACCAUCUUCCCGCUCGCUUGGCCAAAGGUGCCCAACUCGGGCGUCGAGUUUCUCAGCUCGCUCGGGCAGUACCAGACGGGCGACUCGAGGCCCUUGGAAGAGCCAGACGUCGACGCAACUGUGCUGCCCACCAAGCAAGACAUGUCCAAGAUGAUGACGCAUUUGAGCUUCUUUGUCCAGGAUGGCGGCGGCGACUUCGCAUCAGGAGGCAUCUACUACUGGGGCAACCUCGAUGCCUCCAUGUUUGACGCCAUGACUUUUAACCAGAACACCGACGCGCGCAUUCUCCGGCGCCUGGCGCUGUUCCACGCCGCGUUCGCGCUCAACUCGCAGCUCGAGAUGCCUACCAAGUCGUCCGGCACGGACGAGAUUGGCGAGGUGCAUUUUGCCCGGGCGAAGAAGCUCCUCGGUAAUCCCCUCGACACGACAAACAGCUCGGUCGGUGACAUUCCCGUAUUGACCUUGAUGGCCCUGUACCUCAUUGAAAUGAACCGCCGUGAUGCUGCAUACAUGUACGUGAGCUGGGGUAUACAUCUGGCGGUCAUGCACGGCGUACACAUUGGUGGCUGGGUCGAUGAGCAAGGGCGACGAGCUUUCUGGACGCUAUAUAUCCUCGACAGAUGGCUCAGUUGCCUCAUGGGCCGGCCGCCGUGUCUGGUGGACGACGCCAUCAAGCUGCCGCCAGCACAGGACCAGAGAGGUCUGCCGCCGUCCAAAGGGCUGAAGGCACAUGUCGAGCUGAUGAAGAUCUGCGGAUACAUUGUCUGCAACACUUAUCGGAUAGCGCCCAACGAGUUUGAAGGCCUGACCACAUCGAACCGCAUCGAGCGGGCCCUGGCUUCUUUGAGUCGCUGGAAGGCGAAUCUGCCCCCAGAACUGACUCUGUCCGAUAUACAAAGCUACGACCGGGCGGCCUGUGAACUUCACAUGAUCCACAAUCAGCUGUUGAUUCUGACGAUAAGACCAAUAUUCUUCGUGGCGGUCAAGAAGACGGUGGCUGACAAGUUCAUCGAGCGCGACUGGAGCCUCAAGGGCCAUCCGCAGUAUCAACACAUUCAGGACUGCAUUGCAACCGCCAGGAGUAACAUCAAGCUCGGCCGCUGGGUGCGCGAAUUGUCCGGGAGCAAGAAGUUGCUGUCGCAGGACCUGCACCACAUCUUCAAUGCGGCCAUCGUGCUCUUGCUGAACCAGCUGCUCGACGACAACCUCGACGCCCAGGACUCGCUCGACAUAUUGUUCGUCAUUAACGUCUUCAAGGACGAGUCCUACGGCGAGAGGCGUGACUACCCGAAGGACUGCGCGCGGGUGCUCGAGGACCUCAAGGUGUUGAUCCAGCGUCUCCGCAACCAGACUCUGGACGACCAGGGGAUGCGCAGCCAGAACAUGGAGGACCAGGCGAUGUUUGACGCGAACCACGAAGGCUCGUCAUCGGCGAGAGCGAACUCGACCUCUGCGGCACCGCGGAGACAGCCUGUUGUUGCCCGGGGGGCAUCCUCGUCUUCAUCGUCCUCCCAGCAGCAGCAGAUGGGCCAACAACAACACCCUCUCAACCAGGGCGCCGCAGCGACGGCGGUGACCACCGCCUACGACGUCGGGUACAUUCUCAACCAGGACAUCCCCCAGAGCCUGCUGACGCUCCACCCGCAGCUUGCGUACAACAACAAUGCGCUGUACAGUGUCCUCCACGGCUGGAUGGACUAUGACGACUUCCAGCUGUACAACCAUCGAUUGGGAUGA